GUUCUUUUCAACCUGCACAGCAGAGCGCUGGGAGCAGGGAAGGCUGGAGAUAACUGCUGUUGGCGCAGAGUUCCUCGUAAAUCUGACCUGGUGAUAACUGAAAGCGCACAGACAUUCAGAAGAACGUAGUUCCCAGGUCAAGACAUGAUUCCGUUCAAGGGAACAUUCUGUAUCCAAAACUGUUCGUAAAUUGGAAGUGAAUAAAAGGCAGUGUUUGGGAGUGGAGCAGGUGCGGGAAGAUUGGCCACCAGCCAGGCCCUCUGACUCAGUGUCUUGACCAGAAGAGGUGAAAGAUCAGCAGCAAUUCCAAUCCAUUCUGGCCGGAAGGUCGCCUCAUAUUUAAAAACAUUUAAGAAGGGUGAGCUGGGCAAAGUGAAGUUUGCAAGGUAGAUGGCCUCCCCACCAGCAAGCUCCAUGUACCUAUCCAAAAGUCUCUUAGAAGACUCUAUCGUAUCCACUUCCACAACCAUUGCCGGCAGCCCAUUCCAUGCACUUUAAGAUGAGAGGAAGAAGUUUUAAAAUGGGUCUGAGAGUGACCAGGUUCUACGGAUCACCGUCAGUAAUGAGGCACAACUCACCCUGGUGAGGUCCCUGCAGGAAGAAGAGCAUUUGAAUAUUGAUUUCUGGAAAGAAUCUAACAGCCCUUUACUGCCUAUUGACAUCCAUGUCCCAAGUGAACAUACCCAAUCUGUGAAAGCUUUCCUGGAGUUCCAUGGCAUACGUUACUCUAUCCUAACUGAAGAUCUUCAGGCCCUGUUGGAUGAGGAGCAGAAGGAAAUGUUGCUGUCUCAGCAGAAGGAGCGCAGCACCAAGACUUUCAACUAUGCUGCUUAUCACACAUUGGAGGAGAUCUAUGCUUGGAUGGACACAUUUGUGGCUUCAAACACGCAUUUAGUCAGCAAGAUACAGAUUGGUACCACAUUUGAAAACCGGCCAAUCUACGUCCUCAGGUUCAGCACUGGUGGGAUCAACCGACCUGCUAUCUGGAUUAAUUCUGGAAUCCAUGCCCGCGAAUGGAUUACUCCAGCUACUUCCCUCUGGUUUGCCAAUAAGGUUGCCAGUGACUAUGGCAAUGAUGCCUCUAUAACUUCACUCCUCAACACAAUGGACCUCUACUUGGAGGUUGUUACAAAUCCUGAUGGUUUCCAUUUUACCCACACUAGUAACCGCAUGUGGCGCAAGACCAGGUCAAAUCAUUCUGGCACAAAGUGUAUUGGAGUUGACCCAAACAGGAACUUUGAUGCCAAUUUUGGGGGACCUGGAGCCAGUAAUUAUCCUUGCUCAUCCACAUACCAUGGACCUUUCGUCAAUUCUGAGAAAGAAGUCAAAGCCAUUGUUGACUUUGUCAAAAACCAUGGAAAUUUCAAGGUCUUCAUUGAUGUUCAUAGCUAUUCGCAGCUCUUACUAUUUCCUUAUGGUUACACCUCCAAUAAAGCAAAGGACUAUGAUGAGCUGUUAGAUCUUAGCAAGAAAUCCAUAACUUCAUUGGCAUCACUGCAUGGCACCAAGUAUAGAUAUGGACCCAUUAUUACAACAAUCUAUCAAUCCAGUGGUUCCUCCAUUGACUGGGCUUACGACUACGGUAUCAAGUAUGCUUUCUGCUUUGAACUGCGUGAUACUGGUCGUCAUGGUUUCCUUUUACCAGCCGAUCAGAUUAUUCCAACAGCUGAAGAAACCUAUCUGGCGUUGACUGACAUUUUCAACCAUGCCAGACAACAUCCCUAUUAAAGUAAAUUAAAAUAUUGUGGCAAUUUCACUCCAAGGAUCUCAUGCAUCAGAAUUGAUUUAAAUUUUGCUCUAUUGAA